AUGUGCAAAAAGGGAACCAAUGGAAUAAAGCUAAUUUUUACGUUCAUAAAAAAGGCAGGAGAGCAAAUAAAAAUAAUUAUCAUACAACCAUCGAUGCUGAAGAUAUACUUUGCUGAUUUAAAGAAAAAUAUAAAGCACACAGUGGUUUGGGUCAAAACAGGAGUCCUCCUAUUCCUUACGAAUAUGAAAAUUUCCAAAAAUUUGAUUAUAAAGAGGUUAAAGGGACACAGACUGUCCUACUCAGAAUACAAAUUGCUAAUCCGCACAAUGAAUGACAUGUUCAAAUUAAUUCCCUUUUCAUUUUUUAUCAUUGUACCAUUUGCGGAGUUUUUACUUCCAUUGUUUUUGAAAAUAUAUCCCAAUUUAUUACCUUCCACUUUUAAAAAUAAUGAUGAUAAUUUUGUAAAUAUAAAAAAAAAUUUGUAUGCAAAACAGCAGCUAGCCAAAUUUCUACAACAGCUAAUUGAAGAAAAAGAAAAACAGCUAAAUGAAAAUAUCGGAAUUGACUCUGAAAAAAAAAAAAUUUUAUUGAAAUUUCAUCAACAGUUAAUUAAUAAAGAUGAAAAAGAUGUUAACCCAUUUUUAAGUGUAGGGGACACUUUAAAAAUUGCCAAAAUUUUUAAAGACGAUUUUGUAUUGGACCAAAUGAACUUAAAAACGCUGCAAACCAUUUGUCACCUCCUUGGACUAAAGCCUUAUGGAAUGCAUUACCACGUCGUGCUGCAACUCAGGCAUCAUUUUUUGCGCCUACAGAGGGAAGACAGGGAACUCAUGUACGAAGGGGUUGAUAAUUUAAAAAAACAUACAUUGAUAGAGAUAUGCAAAGAUAGAGGAAUGAAUUUUAACACCUCCGAGGAGGAGAUGAAACUGCAAAUUCAGCAGUGGUUGGAGUUGGCUAGCAUUAAGGAAGUGCCCUACAUUUUACUCCUCUACAUCCGCUGUGUGGUCGUUACACAUGCUAUCAUGGAUAUACAGGACACAGAGAAGGUCAGCACUGCGACCGUGGAAAAGGACGUAAAAAAUGCUACCCUUGAUGAUAAACAGAAACUUAUACAGGAGGCUAAGGAGAAACUGGAUGACUUAAAGAUGAAGGAACAGGAAAUUAAAAAAAACAUUAACAAGGAGACGAGCGAGGAGGAAGGGGAGGUGGCUCCACCGCACAAGGACAGCAAAAUCAAGAUAGACUUCCUCAAGAAGAACAAAUACCUGCAGAAUGAGCUCAACCUUUUGAAGCAGAUCUGCGACUUGCAGCACACGGAGCUGAAGAUUGCCUUCACGUCGUUGACCGACCUCGCGGAGAAGAAGCAGACCUGCGACAUCAACGAAGUGAUAAAAAAAAUGUCGGAGAGACUCCUCGACAUCGAGAAACACAUCAGCGAGUUGAAUGCACACAAGCAAAUCGAAUUGGAUGAAUAUUUCUACCCAGAAGAAGAAAAAGCCGACGAUGUCGUGAACAUAAAGAACUGA